CGAGGACCCGUGUCUGCACAAGACAGGAGGGGAGCGAUUCAGUGAACCCGGGGGUGGCCAGCGAGGAGAUUCUGGAGCAACGCACUAAAUGCUGGAUGAAUUCGGCAGAUCAGGCAGCGGCAAUGGAAAUUAAUUAAUCAGUCGACGUUUCGGGCCGAGACCCUUCUUCAGGACUGGAUAGGAAGGAGGAAGAAGCCGGAAUGAGAAGGUGGAGAGAGGGGACAGAGGACAAGCUGCCAGGUAUGAGGAGUCCACCAAUCAGCUGAUCAACGAUGAGCUCGGGAUAGCCUAUCCGGUCAUUGACGGCAUUCCCAACAUGAUCCCACAGGAGGCCACAUUAAUUCAGAAAAGUGAAGACGGCAGCAAGGCUGAAGAAAGUUCCCAGCAGUGAGGAGUGGAGGGGACACCUGUGGGAGACUGUGGUCCGCAUGAUCAUUUCCUCGACACCCUGCAGGAUGAUGCCCGUGCACCUGUCCACACUGACCGUACUCGUUCCCCUGAUGUCUCUUGCGGGAUUGUUGUAUUCUGCAGCGUUUGACGAGGGGUUUCCGCAAGGUUGUACCAGUGUGGCCAGUGUCUGCUUCUACAGCCUGUUACUCCCCAUCACCAUUCCCGUCUAUGUGUUCUUCCACCUCUGGAAUUGGAUGGGGAUUAAACUCUUCAGACACAACUAAUUCCAGCAUGAUCCUCCCAGAGUAUUUAGAACUCUCUGAACUUCACCCUGCCGCCAAAAUGUUAGAGUGACAGAGUUCUGCUUUGCUUUGAAAUGUUGAACCUCUUGGUUGUGAGUUGCUGGUUUUCAAGUUCAGGUUUAUUGUCAUUCAUGUGUAUACAGCUAAACAAAACAUAAUCUUUCUGGAGCCAAGGUGCAAAACAAAUUCAAGUUUAAUUAUCAUUCAACAGUGCAUGAAUACAGCCAAACUAAACAGCAUUCUCCCAGGGCCAGGAUGGAAAACACAUUACCAGCAACACAUAGCACAACGUAUACCAAAACAUGGUACAAUAGCACAUACAUCCAGUAACAAAAUAAUGUCCCUGAGUGACGUGGCCUGGAGUUUGACGGGUUGACAUAAAGUGCGAGGUGCAUUCUGUUUUCAGGGUCGACAGUGGCCUUGGUUAACUCGUCUCUCGGGGUGUGGUGUGUUUUUGUUUGUCAAUGUUGUCUCAAUACUUAUUGCAUUGGUUCUGGUUUCAGUGUCCAGUUUGGGUUUCUGUGGUCCUGCGAAAGUUUCCCUGGUCGGACUCCCACCGGGGAGCAAGCGUUGCAGCUUGCUGUCUGCUGUCGGUCAUGUCAGGUGAAGAGGCAAUGGAUUAACCCCCCUGAUUUCAGUUGGGACUUCCACUGGAGUUCCUGGAUCCUCUGCUUCCUAAAGAAGGGGAGGUGUAAUCUAUACUAACAUCUAUCCUGGAGCAAACAUCACCAGAACCAGUGAUCUGAUCUUUAUCACACGCAUCUUGCUCUGUGCAAUGUGCAGCACAGGUCAGGCGCUGAGGUGUGAUGGAGGGACGUGUUCCCCAACCGGGAGAGGUUGUGGGGCCAUUGAUCAUUACACAAAGCAGAGUUCGGAGGCAAUGAACCUCAAAACCGACCAUCACCCACUCUCAGGUCACAGGCACCAAACUAACGCUCGUUCCUGUUUGCCGCGUUAAGUUAAAUAAAAAAACAGUUUGAGCAAUAA